AGCUGAUUUUUUUAAAAAAGAUUUAUUUAUUUAUUUAUUUGAAAGAGUUACACAGAGAGAGAAGAGGCGGAGAGAGGCAGGUCUUCUAUCCCCUGGUUCACUCUCCAGUUGGCUGCAACAGCCAGAGCUGUGCCGAUCUGAAGCCAGGAGCUUCUUCCCAUGCAGGGGCAGGGGCCCGAGGAACCUGGGCCAUCUUCUGCUGUCCCAGGCCAUAGCAGAGAGCUGGAUCAGAAGUGGAGCAGCCUGAACUUAAACCGGUGUCCAUAUGGGAUGCCGGCAUUGCAGACGGCAGCUUGACCCACUGUGCCACAGCGCCGGCCCCUGAAUUUAUUUUUAAACAUAGGAUUCAAAGCACACUUCUGUGGAAGUACUAAGAAAACUGGUUUGAACAAUCUUAGUAAUUCAGUUGACAUCAUUAUAAAAUGUCGAGUUUUUAGAUUGUCCUGGUUUUGUAUUUGAGGCAUGAUGGUUAAUGAACAUGUAAUGGUCAUAUAACUCUCUGUAAAACUUUGUUGUUUAAAUUACUAACUGAUUUCUACAACAUAGCUAGUUAAAAAUUAGACAAAUAGUUUGGCUACAAACUGGCUUACCACAUAAUAGCUUGAGCCAUUGUUUGGGUCAAGAGUGAUAGACUUAGUUGUAUCUUACAAUCUAAGAAGUAAUAUAUUUUGGGGAGUUUUUGAAAUAUAUUCUUUGUUUUGAGAGGAACUUCCUCUUUCUGGAAGUUCUGGCUCUGAGAAAUGAUCUAGUCUGAGUUUGUCACAAGUAAUCAGUGACUGUAUAAAUAAUUAAGUCCUGUGCUGUGAGUCAUGCACUUUAAGAAAGGAUUCUGAAAGCCUUUGUAAAAUGAAUUCAUUCUCAUCAGAGAUUGAGGAUACAGUCAGGUUGAUUUACAUAUUUGCUUAUUUCAAAUAUGAAGGGAAAUUGCUUCUAAAUGUAUUUAGACUUUAGAAUAUUGUUUCUUGUUUUUAAAAAAAUAUUUAUUAUUUGAUUUGAAAGAGCUACCAGAGAGAGAGAAGAAUAGGCAGAGGGGGAGAGUGGUCUUCAUCCACUGAUUCACUCCCCAACUGGCUUCAACAGCCGGAGCCGUGCCCGAUCCGCAGCCAGGAGCCAGGAGCCUCCUCUGGGUCUCCCACCCAGGUGCAGGGGCCCAAGCUCUUGGUCCAUCUUCUACUGCUUUCCCAGGCCAAAGCAGAGAGCUGGAUCGGAAGUGGAGCAGCCUGGACUCAAACCAGCGUCCAUAUGGGAUGCCGGCACUGCAAGGCGGCGGCUUUACCAGCUGUGCCACAGCGUCAGCUCCUAGAAUAUAGUGUUUCUAGUUACAGUAUUAUUUGGUCAGUGUUGAAGUCAUUCAUUUGCUUAUUCAACACGUCUUUAAGACAUUUGCUACACACGCAUGCCAGGCAUUAUAAGAGACUAAUUUAAAAAAAUCCAGAAACCCAAAGGAGAAGCAGAAAUCACCCUAUAAUCUUACCUUCCAAGGAUUGCCUCUAUGAACUGCCUCACAUACGCUAAUAGCUUCUUUUCAUAUAUGAGAGAAAUUUAGAAUAGAGAGUAGUAAACGUACCUCAUUUAAAACCCUGAAGCCUGGUAUCUUUAAAUUUAAAUAGAUACUGUAAUCCCCCCCCCCCACACACACACACAACAGGGCUUAACCUCUUGGGGAUGUGGAUUUCCCUCCUGAUUUGUAAAUUAGUCCUGUGAGCGCACGUGGUUACAUCGGAUGGGCUAUAGAAUUUGCACUGAGGUGUUCCAGGUCAGCCUUAGGUUGGUGACUGACAGAUGGACUGUGUGAGGAUCUGAAAGCGCUCGCGUGUGAGCGCGCUGUUCCCUUCUGGAAGGGCGCAGACUGUCGCCGAGGUGGAGGGACCCAGGCCGGGUGGCUCCGGGUCCUGACCACGGCCUUUCUGGGAACUGUAUUUGUAAUUCACGCAUCAUUCGCGUGACUAACCAGUCAGUGACUUCCAAUAGAAAAUUACUCAUUGUAAUUAUUUAACAGAAUCGUAGGCUGCGGACAUGGGCGUCCUGGCACAGGAGAUGUCCUUUAUCACUGCCACCCCACCCCCAUCACGGGGGCGCCCGGGAGGCCUGCGCGGCAGGGCGGGUCCGAGCCGGCCGGGCAGAGCGAGCGAGCGGCCGGGCCGUGGAGUCCGUGGACGCGUCUCCGGGCGCUCCGCUCCGCGGCCGGCUGCCGAUUGGCUGCGCGCGGGCACACGUGACCGACAUGUGGCUGUAUUGGCGCAGCCCGCCCGGGUGCCGCUGGAGACGGAAUGGAGGUGCUGCCGAGCUUGGAAAUGGGGUCCAGGGUAGCCAAGGAUGGCUGCGGCUUCCUAUGAUCAGUUGUUAAAGCAAGUAGAGGCCCUGAAGAUGGAGAAUUCAAACCUUCGACAGGAGCUGGAGGAUAAUUCCAAUCAUCUUACAAAACUGGAAACUGAGGCAUCUAAUAUGAAGGAAGUCCUUAAACAACUUCAAGGAAGUAUUGAAGAUGAAGCUAUGGCUUCUUCUGGACAGAUUGAUUUAUUAGAGCGUCUUAAAGAACUUAACUUAGAUUGCAGUAAUUUCCCUGGAGUAAAACUACGAUCAAAAAUGUCCCUGCGAUCUUACGGAAGCCGAGAAGGAUCUGCAUCCAGUCGCUCAGGAGAGUGCAGUCCUGUUCCUGCGGGGUCCUUUCCAAGAAGAGGGUUUGUAAAUGGAAGCAGAGAAAGUACUGGAUACUUAGAAGAACUUGAAAAAGAGAGAUCAUUACUUCUUGCUGAUCUUGACAAAGAAGAAAAGGAAAAAGACUGGUAUUAUGCUCAACUUCAGAAUCUCACUAAAAGAAUAGAUAGUCUUCCUUUAACUGAAAAUUUUUCCUUACAAACAGAUAUGACUAGAAGGCAAUUGGAAUAUGAAGCAAGACAAAUCAGAGUUGCAAUGGAAGAACAACUAGGUACUUGCCAAGACAUGGAAAAACGAGCACAGCGAAGAAUAGCCAGAAUUCAGCAAAUAGAGAAAGACAUACUUCGUAUACGACAGCUUUUACAGUCUCAAGCAACAGAAGCAGAGAGGUCAUCUCAGAGCAAGCAUGAAGCCGGCUCACAUGAAGCUGAGCGGCAGAGUGAAGGCCCAGGAUUGGCAGAAAUUAGCGUGGCACCUUCUGGUAGUGGUCAGGGUUCAGCCACACGGAUGGACCACGAAACAGCCAGUGUUUUGAGCUCAAGUAGCACACACUCUGCUCCUCGAAGGCUGACAAGCCACCUGGGCACCAAGGUGGAAAUGGUGUAUUCAUUGUUGUCAAUGCUUGGUACUCAUGAUAAGGAUGAUAUGUCGCGAACUUUGCUGGCUAUGUCUAGCUCCCAAGACAGCUGCAUAUCCAUGCGACAGUCUGGAUGUCUUCCUCUUCUCAUCCAGCUUUUACAUGGCAAUGACAAAGACUCUGUAUUAUUGGGAAAUUCCCGGGGCAGUAAGGAGGCUCGGGCCAGGGCCAGUGCAGCACUCCACAACAUCAUUCACUCACAGCCUGAUGACAAGAGAGGCAGGCGUGAAAUCCGAGUCCUUCAUCUUUUGGAACAGAUACGAGCUUACUGUGAAACCUGUUGGGAGUGGCAGGAAGCCCAUGAACAAGGCAUGGACCAGGACAAAAAUCCAAUGCCAGCCCCUGUCGAGCAUCAGAUCUGUCCUGCCGUGUGUGUUCUGAUGAAACUUUCAUUUGAUGAGGAGCACAGACAUGCAAUGAAUGAACUUGGUAGGAAGGCUCCCCGGGGCAUUUCAUCACAGGAGCUAGGGCAGGGGCUUUCAGGGGGACUACAGGCCAUUGCAGAAUUAUUGCAGGUGGACUGUGAAAUGUAUGGGCUUACUAAUGACCACUACAGUAUUACGUUACGACGAUAUGCUGGAAUGGCCUUGACAAACUUGACUUUCGGAGAUGUAGCCAACAAGGCUACCCUGUGCUCUAUGAAGGGCUGCAUGAGGGCGCUUGUGGCCCAGCUGAAAUCCGAAAGCGAAGACUUGCAGCAGGUUAUUGCAAGUGUUCUGAGGAAUUUGUCUUGGCGAGCAGAUGUAAACAGUAAGAAGACGUUGCGGGAAGUUGGAAGUGUGAAAGCAUUGAUGGAAUGUGCUCUGGAGGUUAAAAAGGAAUCAACCCUCAAAAGUGUAUUGAGUGCCUUAUGGAAUUUGUCAGCACACUGCACUGAGAACAAAGCUGAUAUAUGCGCUGUAGAUGGUGCACUGGCAUUUUUGGUUGGCACACUCACUUACCGGAGCCAGACGAAUACGUUAGCCAUUAUUGAAAGUGGAGGUGGGAUAUUACGCAAUGUGUCCAGCUUGAUAGCUACAAAUGAGGACCACAGGCAAAUCCUAAGAGAGAACAACUGCCUACAAACCUUAUUACAACACUUGAAAUCUCAUAGUUUGACAAUUGUCAGUAAUGCAUGUGGAACUUUGUGGAAUCUCUCGGCAAGAAAUCCCAAAGACCAGGAAGCAUUAUGGGACAUGGGAGCAGUUAGCAUGCUCAAGAACCUCAUUCAUUCAAAGCACAAAAUGAUUGCUAUGGGAAGUGCUGCAGCUUUGAGGAAUCUCAUGGCAAAUAGACCUGCAAAAUAUAAGGAUGCCAAUAUUAUGUCUCCUGGUUCAAGCUUGCCAUCUCUUCAUGUUAGGAAACAGAAAGCCCUAGAAGCAGAAUUAGAUGCUCAGCAUUUAUCAGAAACUUUUGACAAUAUUGACAACUUGAGUCCCAAGGCAUCUCAUCGCAGUAAGCAGAGACACAAGCAGAGUCUUUACGGUGACUAUGUAUUUGAUGCUAGUCGACAUGAUGAUAAUAGGUCAGACAAUUUUAAUACUGGAAACAUGACUGUCCUUCCACCAUAUCUGAAUACAACAGUGUUGCCCAGCUCCUCUUCAUCAAGGGGAAGUUUAGAUAGUUCUCGUUCUGAAAAAGAUAGAAGUUUGGAGAGAGAAAGAGGAAUUGGCCUAAGCAGCUACCAUCCAGCAACAGAAAAUCCAGGAACCUCUUCAAAGCGAGGUUUGCAAAUCUCUACCACUGCAGCCCAGAUUGCCACAGUCAUGGAGGAAGUCUCGGCCAUUCAUACCUCCCAGGAAGACAGAAGUUCUGGGUCUACCACUGACUUGCAUUGUGUGCCUGAUGAGAGGAACGGGCUGAGAAGAAGUUCUGCCCACACUCAUUCCAAUGCUUACAAUUUCACUAAGUCAGAAAAUUCAAACAGGACAUGUUCUAUGCCUUACACCAAACUAGAAUAUAAGAGAUCUUCAAAUGACAGUUUAAAUAGUGUCAGUAGCAGUGAUGGUUAUGGUAAAAGAGGUCAAAUGAAACCCUCAAUUGAAUCAUAUUCUGAAGAUGACGAGAGUAAAUUUUGCAGUUAUGGUCAAUAUCCAGCUGACCUAGCCCAUAAAAUACACAGUGCAAAUCACAUGGAUGAUAACGAUGGAGAGCUUGAUACACCAAUAAAUUACAGUCUUAAAUAUUCAGACGAGCAGUUGAAUUCUGGAAGGCAGAGUCCUUCACAGAAUGAAAGAUGGGCAAGACCCAAACACAUAAUAGAAGAUGAAAUAAAGCAGAAUGAGCCACGACAGUCAAGGAGUCAAAGUACAGCUUACCCUGUGUAUGCCGAGAACACUGAUGAGAAGCACCUCAAGUUCCAGCCACAUUUUGGACAGCAGGAAUGCGUUUCUCCGUACAGGUCCAGGGGAACCAGUGGGUCAGAAGGAAAUCGAGUGGGUUCUAAUCAUGCAGUUAAUCAAAAUGUAAACUCGUCCUUGUGUCAGGAAGAUGACUAUGAAGAUGAUAAACCAACCAACUAUAGUGAACGUUACUCUGAGGAAGAACAGCAUGGAGAAGAAGAAAGACCAACAAAUUAUAGCAUGAAGUAUAAUGAAGAAAAACACCAUGUGGAUCAGCCUAUUGAUUAUAGUUUAAAAUAUACCACUGACAUUCCUUCCUCACAGAAGCCACCAUUUUCAUUUUCCAAGAGUUCCUCUGCACAAAGCACUAAAAGUGAACACAUCCCUGCAAGCAGUGAGAAUACAGCUACCCCUUCGUCUACCACCAAGAGGCAGAAUCAGCUCCACCCGACUUCAGCACAGAGUAGAAAUGCUCAGACCCAAAAAGCUACCACCUGCAAAGUUCCCUCUAUCAACCAGGAAACAAUACAGACAUACUGUGUGGAAGACACCCCGAUAUGUUUCUCACGGUGCAGUUCAUUAUCAUCUUUGUCGUCAGCUGAAGAUGAAAUAGGGUGUGAUCAGACAACACAGGAAGCAGUUUCCACUAGUACUCUGCAGAUAGCAGAAAUAAAGGAAAACAGUGGAGCUAGAUCCACAGAAGAUCCUGUGAGUGAAGCUCCAGCAGUGUCCCAGCAUGUAAGAACCAAAUCCAGCAGACUCCAGGCUUCUGGUUUGUCCUCAGAAUCAGCCAGACAUAAAGCUGUUGAAUUACCUUCAGGGGCCAAGUCUCCCUCCAAAAGUGGUGCUCAGACCCCCAAGAGCCCACCAGAGCACUAUGUUCAGGAGACUCCACUCAUGUUCAGCAGAUGCACAUCUGUCAGUUCACUGGAUAGCUUUGAGAGUCGUUCUAUUGCCAGCUCCGUGCAGAGUGAGCCAUGCAGUGGAAUGGUGAGUGGCAUUAUUAGCCCCAGUGACCUUCCUGAUAGCCCUGGACAAACCAUGCCACCAAGCAGAAGUAAGACCCCUCCACCACCUCCUCAGGCAGUUCAAACCAAGCGAGAGGUACCCAAAAAUAAAGUUCCAACUGCAGAAAAGAGAGAGAGUGGACCUAAGCAGGCAGCUGUGAAUGCUGCGGUUCAGAGGGUCCAGGUUCUCCCAGAUGCGGAUACAUUAUUACAUUUUGCCACAGAAAGUACUCCAGAUGGAUUUUCUUGUUCAUCUAGCCUGAGUGCUCUGAGCCUUGAUGAGCCAUUCAUACAGAAAGAUGUGGAGUUAAGAAUCAUGCCUCCAGUUCAGGAAAAUGACAAUGGAAACGAAACAGAACCAGAGCAGCCUGAAGAAUCAAAUGAAAGCAAGGAGAAGGAGGCAGAAAAGCCUACCGAUUCCGAAAAAGAUCUGUUGGAUGACUCAGAUGAUGAUGAUAUCGAAAUACUUGAGGAAUGUAUUAUUUCUGCCAUGCCAACAAAGUCAUCACGCAAAGCUAAAAAGCUAGCCCAGACUGCUUCAAAACUGCCACCACCCGUGGCAAGGAAACCAAGCCAGCUGCCUGUGUACAAACUUCUGCCAUCACAAAACAGGUUACAAGCACAGAAGCACGUUAGUUUUACCCCAGGGGACGAUAUGCCACGGGUGUACUGUGUAGAAGGGACACCCAUAAACUUCUCCACAGCCACAUCUCUCAGUGACCUCACAAUAGAAUCUCCUCCAAACGAGCUAGCUGCGGGAGAAGGGAGUGGAGCAGGGGCGCGGUCGGGCGAAUUUGAAAAGCGAGACACCAUUCCCACGGAAGGCAGGAGCACCGAUGAGGCACAGAGAGGGACUGCCUCGGCGGUGGCGAUGCCCGAGUUGGAUGACAAUAAAACGGAGGAAGGUGACAUUCUUGCUGAAUGCAUCAACUCUGCUAUGCCCAAAGGAAAAAGUCACAAGCCUUUCCGUGUGAGGAAGAUAAUGGACCAGGUCCAGCAAGCAUCUGUGUCUUCAUCCGGCGCUAACAAAAAUCAGUUAGACGGUAAGAAAAAGAAACCCACUUCCCCAGUAAAACCUGUGCCACAGAGCACUGAAUACAGAGCACCUGUGAGAAAAAACACAGACUCGAAAAAUAAUUUAAAUGCUGAAAGAACUUUCUCAGACAAUAAAGAUUCAAAGAAACAGAACUUGAAAAACAAUUCCAAGGACUUCACCGAUAAGCUGCCAAAUAAUGAAGAUCGAGUCAGAGCAAGUUUUCCUUUUGAUUCGCCUCAUCAUUACACACCUAUUGAAGGAACUCCUUACUGUUUUUCACGAAAUGAUUCUUUGAGUUCUCUAGACUUUGAUGAUGACGAUGUUGACCUUUCCAGGGAAAAGGCUGAAUUAAGAAAGGGGAAAGAAAAUCAGGACUCAGAAGCUAAAGCUGCUGGCCACACAGAGAUGACUUCAAACCAGCAAUCAGCUAACAAGACACCAGCUACCACUAAACACCCAGUAGGUCGAAGUCAGCAGAAGCAAUCUACUUUUCCCCAGCCAUCCAAAGACAUACCAGACAGAGGGGCAGCAACGGACGAGAAAUUACAGAAUUUUGCUAUUGAAAAUACUCCAGUUUGUUUUUCUCGUAAUUCCUCUCUGAGUUCUCUCAGUGACAUUGACCAAGAAAACAACAACAAAGAAAAUGAACCUAUCAAAGAAAACGAGCCCCCUGACUCACAGGGAGAACCGAGUAAACCUCAGGCAUCAGGUUAUGCCCCUAAGUCCUUUCAUGUGGAAGAUACACCUGUCUGUUUCUCAAGAAACAGCUCUCUGAGUUCCCUUAGUAUUGAUUCUGAAGAUGAUCUGCUGCAGGAAUGCAUAAGUUCUGCAAUGCCCAAAAAGAAAAAGCCCUCAAGACUGAAGGGUGAGAAUGAAAAGCAGAGUCCCAGAAACAUAGGAGGUGUCUUAGCUGAGGAUUUGACACUGGAUUUGAAAGAUAUACAGAGACCAGAUUCAGAACAUGGGUUAUCCCCGGAUUCAGAAAAUUUUGACUGGAAAGCUAUUCAGGAAGGUGCGAAUUCCAUAGUGAGUAGUUUACAUCAGGCUGCUGCUGCUGCAUGCCUGUCCAGGCAGGCUUCGUCAGACUCAGAUUCCAUCCUUUCACUGAAAUCGGGAAUCUCACUGGGAUCACCAUUUCACCUUACACCUGACCAAGAGGAAAAACCCUUCACAAGUAACAAAGGCCCACGGAUUCUAAAACCUGGUGAGAAAAGUACCUUGGAAACUAAAAAAAUCGAAUCUGAAAAUAAAGGAAUCAAAGGAGGAAAAAAGGUUUACAAAAGUUUGAUUACUGGGAAAGUUCGAUCUAAUUCAGAAGUUUCAGGCCAAAUGAAGCAGCCCCUUCCACCAAACAUGCCUUCAAUCUCUCGCGGUAGGACAAUGAUUCAUAUUCCAGGAGUUCGAAAUAGCUCCUCAAGUACAAGUCCUGUUUCUAAAAAAGGCCCGCCCCUUAAGCCUCCAGCCUCUAAGAGCCCUAGUGAAGGUCAGACGGCUACCACUUCUCCUAGAGGGGCCAAGCCAUCAGCAAAGACAGAAUUAAGUCCUGUUCCCCGCCAGACAUCCCAAACAGGCGGGUCAAACAAAGGAUCUUCCAGGUCAGGCUCUCGAGAUUCCACUCCUUCAAGACCUUCCCAGCAACCACUGAGUAGACCUAUGCAGUCUCCAGGGCGCAACUCAAUUUCCCCUGGCAGAAACGGAAUAAGUCCUCCUAACAAACUAUCUCAACUGCCGAGGACGUCCUCCCCCAGUACUGCUUCAACCAAGUCCUCAGGUUCUGGGAAAAUGUCCUACGCAUCCCCAGGCAGGCAGAUGAGCCAGCAGAACCUUACAAAACAAACAGGUUUGUCCAAGAAUGGCAGUUGUAUCCCAAGAAGUGAGUCUGCCUCCAAAGGACUGAAUCAGAUGAACAAUGGCAACGGAGCCAAUAAGAAGGUGGAACUUUCUAGAAUGUCUUCAACUAAAUCAAGUGGAAGUGAAUCUGAUAGAUCAGAGAGACCUGUGUUAGUACGCCAGUCAACUUUCAUCAAAGAAGCCCCAAGCCCAACCCUAAGAAGGAAACUGGAAGAAUCUGCUUCAUUUGAGUCUCUUUCUCCAUCUUCCAGACCAGAUUCUCCCACAAGGUCCCAGGCUCAAACUCCAGUGUUAAGUCCUUCCCUUCCUGAUAUGUCUCUGUCCACACACUCAUCUGUUCAGGCUGGUGGGUGGCGGAAACUCCCACCUAAUCUCAGUCCCACUAUAGAGUAUAAUGAUGGCAGACCCGCAAAGCGUCAUGACAUAGCACGCUCCCAUUCAGAAAGUCCUUCCAGACUUCCCGUCAACAGGUCGGGAACCUGGAAACGGGAGCACAGCAAACACUCAUCAUCCCUCCCUCGAGUAAGCACAUGGAGAAGAACUGGAAGUUCCUCUUCAAUUCUUUCUGCAUCGUCAGAAUCCAGUGAAAAAGCAAAAAGUGAGGAUGAAAAACAUGUAAACUGUAUUUCAGGAACCAAGCAAAAUAAAGAAAACCAAGUGUCCACAAAAGGCACAUGGAGGAAAAUAAAAGAAAAUGAAAUUUCCCCCCCAAACAGUACUUCUCCGACCACGUCCUCAGGUGCUGCAAAUGGUGCUGAAUCAAAGACUCUGAUUUAUCAAAUGGCACCUGCUGUUUCUAAAACAGAGGACGUUUGGGUGAGGAUUGAGGACUGUCCCAUCAACAACCCCAGAACCGGAAGAUCUCCCACAGGUAAUACUCCCCCUGUGAUCGACAGUAUUUCAGAAAAGGGAAAUCCAAACGGUAAAGAUUCAAAAGAUAAUCAGGGAAAACAAAAUGUGGGUAACGCCAGUGCACCCACGAAUACCAUGGGUUUGGAAAACCGUCUGAACUCCUUUAUUCAGGUUGAUGCCCCAGACCAAAAAGGAGCUGAGAUGAAACCGGGACAGAGUAAUCCUGUCCCUACAUCCGAGACUACCGAGAGCUCCUUAGCGGAGCGCACCCCAUUCAGUUCCAGCAGCUCCAGCAAACACAGUUCACCUAGUGGGACUGUGGCUGCCAGAGUGACUCCUUUUAAUUACAACCCCAGCCCUAGGAAAAGCAGCGCAGAUAGCACUUCAGCCCGGCCGUCUCAGAUCCCAACGCCAGUGAAUAACAACACAAAGAAACGAGAUUCAAAAACCGACAGCACAGAGUCCAGUGGAACCCAAAGUCCCAAGCGCCAUUCCGGAUCUUAUCUUGUGACGUCUGUGUGAGAGAGUUGGGACGAUGAAGCUAGGAGUUCACGCGCUCAUUUACAUGCUAGAUAGAAAUCCUGUUUCAAAUGAAACUAAAAGACUGAAAAAUUUUGUAAAUAGGUUUGAUUCUUGUUGGAGGGUUUUUGUUCUGGAAGCCAUAUUUGAUAGUAUACUUUGUCUUCACUGGUUGUUAUUUUGGGAGGCACUCUUGAUAGUUAAGAAAAAAAAUGGUAAAGCCAAGUAUAUUUGUACAGUAUGUUUUACAAGUAUUUAAGUAGAAUAUCAUCCCAUCAUCCUUUAAUUAUUGCUUGUCUUAAAAUAACACUACAUAGAAAAUAUGAUAUAUUGCUGUUAUCAAUCAUUUCUAAUUAUAAACUGACUAAACUUACAUCAGGGAGAAAUUGGUAUUUAUGCAAAAAAAAAAGUUUUAGUCCUUGUGAAUCCAUCUAAUGUCAUAACUAAUCAUGUGGCUGUGAAAUUCACAGAAAUAUGGUUCCCGGUGAACAAGUUUACCCAGCCUGCUUUGCUUUAUUGCAUGAAUGAAACUGAUGGUUCAAUUUCAGAAGUAAUGAUUAACAGUUCUGUGGUCACAUGAUGUGCAUAGAUAGCUACAGUGUAACAAUUUACACUAUUUUGUGCUCAAAACAACAACAGAAAUCUGUGUAACUGUAAAACAUUGAAUGAAACUAUUUUACCUGAACUAGAUUUUAUCUGAAAGUAGGUAGAAUUUUUGCUAUGCUGUAUCUUGUUGUAUAUUCUGGUAUUUGAGGUGAGAUGGCUGCUCUUUUAUUAAUGAGACAUGAAUUGUGUCUCAACAGAAACUUAAAAGGACAUUUCAGAAUAAAUUAUUGCUGUAUGUAAA